AUGCAAUCUCAAUCUUCCCCUUAUCUUCCUGUAGCUAAAGCAACUUAUACAUCUAUACGAACCAUGAGUAGCUUGACACCAUUAUCCCUAAAGUUCAAGAUUGGAAUGGGUCUCUUGGCGACAUAUACUUCAUUUGAACUUUAUAUGCAUCUUAGAACUCAGUAUCUAAUUCGAAGUCGUCAUCGUGAAUAUGAGAAAUUUAGAGCCAAUAAUAAAGAUCUCAAAGAUUUAGAUAUUAGUAAAUUCAAAUCAGAACUGGUGUCAGGAAUGUUUGUUAAUCCAUUUGAAGAAUAUCGACCUCAAACUGCAUUUGAAUUCAUAUUUGUAAGGAUCAUGGAACUUGUUGAAAGUAUUUAUGGUAGUAGAAUUGAAAUUCAUCAAAAGUUACCACAUCCUCAUGAUGGUGCUGUUGAGGUUGAAGAUCUUUUAAAAGUAUUUAAACCUGAUUUAGAACGAUUUAGAAACAAUUCUAAAAUCUUUCAAGAAUGUUGUGAAAAGAAUGAUUUUAAACCGUUGUUUACAGAAGCUAGUAAAUCUUGGUUAUUAGCUAAACCAACUUUACCUUCAUUAAAUCAACAAUUAUUAUUCUCAUGGUUAGGACAAUCAUGUACAUUUUUCCAAAUUGGUGGUAUUAAUUUCUUAACGGAUCCAAUUGUAAGUGACCAUUUAAUCACCCCAAAAAUUGGACCUAAAAGAUUAACAAAAUCAGCAAUGACAUUUGAAGAUAUUGAAUAUGCAUCAAAUGACAAUCUUAAUUUUGUAUUAGUAUCACAUGACCAUCCAGAUCAUUUAGAAUAUGACUUAGCUAAAAAGAUUAGAAAUGAAACUACUUGGAUUGUACCAUUGGGAUUAAAGAAGAAAUUAAACAGAAAGGGGAUCUAUCGAGUAAUUGAAAUGGAUUGGUGGGAUACACUAGAUAUCACAAAAUAUAUAUCAAAUCAUGAAAAUUUCCCCGGAAAAUAUGAAAUAGAAUGUGUACCUUCAAUGCAUUGGUCAGGAAGAUAUGUAUUUGAUUCGAACAAAUCAUUAUGGUGUUCAUACGUUAUAAAACGGAAUGGAGAGUCAAUAGUAUAUCAUGCCGGAGAUACCGGAUAUCUGAAGGAACUUUUUGAUGUAAUUGGUAGCAAAAUAGGACCUGUAACGCUCGCAUUAUUACCUAUUGGACAAUAUUGUCCUUCAUGGCAUCAAAAACCAAGACAUAUCUCCCCGGAAGAAUCACUCAAGAUUUGUUCACAUUUAUCAGCUACGUUUAUGAAGGGGAUUCAUUGGGGGACAUUUAAAUUAAGUAGUGAACCUAUCUUAGAACCAAGGGAGACAUUGACUGAAUUAUCGGAAAAGUUGGGGAAAUCAGCAUAUUUUAGGGUGCCUGAGUUUGGGUUGACAUAUCUAUAUGACCUUCAAAACAAGACAGAAAUAGAAAUUCACGUCUAA